AUGAUUGAAAGAUUGCGGGAAUAUCCUUAUGGACUUUCAGCGCAAAAACAAAUUAAUAAUUUCCUUGCUCAGCCGGAACGUGAUGACCUGCAACAAAACGUUCUCAUUAAGGAACCAAUUCAAACUAUCACUCUCAAAAAAGUAAGUUUUGGGUACCAGGAAAAAAAACUUGUUCUAAAAAAAUUAGAUUUACAAUUUCAAAAAGGGAAAGUAAAUUACUUAGUGGGUGAAAAUGGCUACGGCAAAAGCACAAUAAUUACCAAAAUUGCUUAUGCUGAACAUGAAAACUUGAUUGAAAAUGGCUUGUCAACUGGCCAAAAACAAUUAGCCGACCUGGAUAAUUUGUUUGCUAGAAGCAAAGACAAAGAAAUAUUCAUUUUUGAUGAAGCCGACAAUGCCUUAGAUGAAAAAAACAAAGAAGAAUUUCGAGAAAAAAUAGAGAAAAUUAAAAAUAACAAAAAAACCCGAGCCGAAAUGAUACUGCGGGAUAUUGAAGCCCACUUGCAGAAGCUUAUCAAUGAAAAAAAAGAAUUGAAAAAAAAAUUCUCAGAAAAGUUAAAAGAAGUAGAAAAACAAAGAAAAGAAAAUCAAGGCUGGUUUGAGGAAGUAGAAAUAUUACAAUUAGAAAGAAAAAUAGCAUCCGGGGUACUGCCUAGUGAAAGAGAAGAAUUAAUGAAAGAAAUUCAAAGACUCAAUUCUUAUAAUGUCACUCUGGAACAAGGAUUUAAAAAGAGAAAAAUCGAUGCCGAGAUGGGAGAAAAACAGUAUUUAAAUCUCUUAGCAAAUAUAAUAAAUAAUGGUGAAAAAAGGCUAGACAGAACCGGAGUGGGAACAAAAGUUCUAUUUGGCUGCCAAAUGCGAUUUAAUCUCCAGUAUAAAUUGUCUCCUGACUACCAAGGAGAAAAUUCGGAGGAAUUUGUAGAAAAAAUUAAGACUGAUAAUAAUUUCGCCCAAAAAUAUGGUGAAUUAGGACCUGUUUAUGGUGUUCCUUUUAACAUUGCCAGUUAUAGUUUGCUAACUGCGAUGAUAGCCCAAGUUUGUGACUAUAAAAUUGGAGAAUUUAUUCAUGUAAUCGGUGAUGCUCACAUUUAUUUAAACCAUUUCGAGCAAGUUAAAACACAACUAUCCCGAGAAGCCAAAAAAUUACCAAGUUUGAAACUUAAUCCGAAAAUAAAAUCGCUUUUUGACUUCCGUUUUGAAGAUAUUAGUUUAGAGAAUUAUAAACCGCAUCUUCCAAUUAGAGCCAAAGUGGCGGUCUACAAUAACUUAAAACAAAAAUCAAUCAAUAAGUUAUACAGACUGGAAGAAAAAUCAGCAAAAGAACUAGAAAGGAGAACUUUCGGAAUUAUUUACUACCAAUCUAAAGAACUAGCUUCUGGUAUUAACAUAUGGGCAGGCUUAAUCUACUUCCUUUUGGCUAGUUUAUUAAGUUUUAGUUUCAACUAUCUAAUUAAUCGCCAAAAAACUGAAUUACAAAAAAUUGUUGAAAAGCAAACUGAAGCCGAAAAUAACUUGAUUAACAAUCGAAAAUUAAUUAUCAAAAAAGGGUUAACUAACACAUUUUUUAGAAAUUACCAACAAGUUUCCCAGACCGUUCAAAAAAAGGCCAAUAAAGAAAGUUUUUUCAGUUCGCUUUACAAGUCAACUUUUUCCUAUCUAAUCCGCUUUGCUUCUUCUUUUAGUUAUUUGAUAAAAGGCGUGAGAAAAUAUCCUCAGUAUGCUUCGACUCAAAAAAGAUUUAAUUAUUUUCUUGGUUUGCCAGAAAGAGACGAUACCCAAAAAUAUCUUAUUGACGAGCCAAUCACUUCUAUUUAUUUACAAAAUAUUUCCUUUGCUUACGAAAAAGACAAGCAAGUUUUUAAAGAACUAGAUUUAGUAUUUGAGAAAGGCAAAAUUAAUAAUUUACAGGCCCCUAAUGGAUUCGGUAAAACAACUAUUGUUGAUUUACUUUUUGGACUCUAUCGGCCAACAAAAGGAGCAAUAAUCAUCAACGAAAAGUAUAGACUAAGCGACUUAAAUUUGAAAAAGUGGCGAGAAAAAAUAGCCUAUGCCGAAUCUGAUAACUUAGUUAGAUUAAAUUUAUCACUGGGACAAAAACAAUUAAUUGACUUACAAGAAACACUACACAAAGAUAAAGAAAUCUAUAUUUUUGAUGAAGUUGAUAAUAAUUUAGAUAAGAAUAAUAAAAUUAUUAUUAAGGAAAAAAUGGAAAUGCUCGUCGGUGUAGCUUUUGUCAUUGGAAAAAAUGUUUCUUCUCAAUCUUCUGUCCCCCCUUUUUCUCCCUCUGACCCUAAUCAACCAAAUCAACCUACGCCCCCGCCACAAAAUCCUAGUCCUGACAAUAAUUCAGAAAGCAAAACGUUGGCCAAUUUAAUUAAAGCCGAUUUACAAGAUGCCUUGACCAAUGAUGGCCGGUGA